GGGUAUAAAUGAUGCGAGAUGUAAACAUCUCGAGUACCUAAUCCGACAAUCGAACCGAUUAACGCGUUUCCCACAAACUUUUCGUCGAAACAUUCGCAAGAAAUCUUACGUGCGAAAUGGCGUUAUUACCGGCAUGUCGAUUCCAAACAUACGAGAACGAACAGUGAUUCUCAUGCGCUCCGAUUGCGAUCCCAUUUGCCUUGAAGAAAACGACCACGCGACGCGACGGUAGAAGAAAAAUAGAAAAACCGGUAGAUAGUGCAAAAGGAAGAAAAACAGAUGAAGCAGUUCGAAAGGUAGGUGGCACUGCAUCGGUCGCGUCUCUGUGGGAGAGCCUCUGCUUUCGGCUGGGAGCUACGUGACGCGGCGCGGUUUCAGAGGGCGUCGACGAACUCGCCCGAGCCUACGUAGAAGCAACGGAAAGCCGCGAGGACAGCGUUGGAGGGGAUCAGGGGACUCGUCGAUGCUUGGUUAAACGGCGGCGCAGGAGAGAGCGGAGGGAUUGUUAGUAAGCGAAGCGGCCAUCUUGCGAGGCUCAGUCGGAAACCAACUGCCGAGCAGUGAGGGAAGGUAAACGAAAGAGGACCCGAUGUGUUAGCCGAAGGAUUUUUUAAUGCGCUUCCGAGCUCGGUUACCGCUACGUGCGAGAAGCUGUGUGCGAUACCGAGAACGGAGCACCGAUUAUCCAGAGAUUUUCGUUAACGGAGAAACUCUGGUUUAUCCGGCGAAGAGUCUCAAGACAGGAGGGGACAAGUGGCGGGUGCGGAGGUAGACGAAGUUGCGACGCUCGAGGUGAAGCCGGGGAAUUGAUGUGUGCAGUCUUGCUCAAAUCUCGAUUCUCGUGGAAGAAGCUCGACCGCUGAUAACAUCUCAUCUGAUUGAAGCCAGUGGCGAGAAACGAUAGGACGUCUAUUCGUUCGGAUUAUCAGAGAGUCCGGAUAGAAGAGAAGAAAGAACGACGGAUAAGAGAGAAAGAGAGAGAAGAAGAAAAGAAGAAAGAAAAGUGUAGUGUCUGAAAGUCUGUGAUAGUAUUUAUUCAAACGAUUCAGCUACGACGCAGAUCGUCUACCACAGUGAAAACAACGUUUGUUGCUCGAAUAGAUCACACGAGAUAGAAAAACAGAGGAAUAGAUAGCCUUUGUAUAUUUAUUUAUAUCUGUGAUACCGACACUGAUAUACAUCGAACUAUCCCGAAGUGUGAGAGACAAAAAGGGUACUACGUUGUCGGUAGAGGGGGAGUGAAGUAAAGAUCGAGGAAAGCAGGCGGAGCUGAAACAUAGUAUAUUCGAAGAAAAACGCGACUUGGGAAAUCAAGAUUGCGGGAAAGAAGAUUAUAUCAGUAUCUUAGUGGAUAUAGAUGUUUUUGUAUAUACGACUGACUCUUUUUUACAAUUAUUGAUAUCUGAUUAGGGGGGAGAUAGAGAGAGAGAGAGAGAGAGGGGGGGGGAGAAAAAGUAUAGUUAGCGUUUCACUGUUAUUCGUUGAACGAGAAAGAGUCGGGAGACUCUUUUCUGAAUACCAAACACAACCGGAGCAGCAUUGUCGCGUGCAAAAAUGGUGGAGAAAAUCUUGGAAGAACGAGAGGACGGGUGUCAGGAGGCUGGGCGAGAAGAUGCAAAAUGCAGGGACACCGUGAGCACAACGGGGGAAUCUAUGAACACGGUGCAAGCUCGACAAGAGGAGGCCAGGCGUAAGAGACGCAGAAAGAAACGCUCUGGUUCUUCCUUGAUGUCUUCUUGUUUUCAAGAACUGUACAGAUUGACUGGUGAAGUUCUUGGAGAAGGUGCUUACGCCUCGGUUCAGACUUGUAGGUCGCUCUACACGGAUCUCGAGUAUGCCGUUAAAAUCAUCGACAAAAUUCCUGGACAUGCACGCGCGCGUGUUUUCAAAGAAGUCGAGACGUUUCAUCAUUGUCAGGGGCAUCCGAAUAUCAUUCAGCUAAUCGAGUUUUUCGAAGACGAAGAGAAGUUUUAUCUGGUAUUCGAGAAGGUAAACGGUGGUCAACUGUUGAAUCGAAUUCAAGAGAGGAUUCAUUUCAGCGAGCGAGAAGCGAGUCAAAUAGUCCGGGAGAUCGCAAGCGCGUUAAAUUUCCUUCACAAGAAAGGUAUCGCCCACAGGGAUCUGAAACCGGAAAACAUUCUGUGCGUGUAUCCAGAUAAACUGAUACCGAUUAAAGUGUGCGACUUCGAUCUUGGUUCGGGCAUCAAAUUCAACAACUCGCUGUCCAGUCCUGUAGCUACGCCGCAACUUCUAACUCCGGUUGGCAGCGCUGACUUCAUGGCUCCGGAAGUUGUCGAAGCUUUCAUCGGGGAAGCAAAUUAUUACGAUAAACGAUGCGAUCUAUGGAGCCUUGGCGUGAUCAUGUACAUUCUUCUCUGUGGUUAUCCACCUUUCUACGGGAAUUGCGGUUCCGACUGCGGCUGGGAGCGAGGAGAGCAUUGUCAGGCUUGCCAAGAGCUCCUGUUUACCAGUAUUCAAGAGGGCAGGUAUGAAUUUCCGGACAACGAAUGGAGCUGCAUUUCGGAGGACGCGAAAGAUUUGAUCAGAGGUCUGCUUGUGAAGGAAGCCCAUCAAAGACUCAGUGCCGAGAGUAUUUUGAAACAUCCAUGGAUCAAUCCUGGUCCGAGCCUGGUUGAAAAUACCGAGAAAUCUCUCAAGACUCCUCAUAUAAUCAGGAGGAACAAUUCCGCCAGAGAACUGUCGGUGUUCGCCGAAUCGGCAAUGGCUGUGAAUCGCGUGGUACUUCAACAUUUCUCCGUGAAUUUGGAGGAGUUAUCGGAGAACAGGGAGCCAAGAUUGUCCACUUCGUCGACGGACGAAGAUAACCAUCCGUAUGGACACAUGUCCGACUCUAGCAGCGAACUGUCGGAGCACAGUAAGCUUUGCGCAACUCAUUCCUCGAACGAGUUCGAUGCGAACUCGCGCCAGAAGUCUUGCUCGGUUCAUUCGAGCAUCGAUCUGACCGAUUCGAAAACCAUCGGGGGAAAGAAUCGGCUUGUGAUCGGUAAAGAUUCCUCCCUGCAUCAGUUGUUCGGCUUGUCACCGCCUAGCGAGAGCCGUUUGAUGCAGCGCCGUCUAAAAGCUCGCUCGGAUCUUCUCGAACGUCAAACCAACAAAGCAGUGAUCGCUUCACCGAGUGGCUGAAAGGUGACAACAUCUUUUGCGGGAAAAGGAAAAAAAAAACAAAGAUCUCCUUUCUUGGUAGCGCGUAUUAUUCGUAUUUACACGUCUGCAUAUAGGGAUAUGAAAAGAUUUACAGUAAUGUUAUCUAUCGGGGCACCUUCACCAAGGGUAACGACGAUAGAAACGAUUCUAUGAUUGGCUAAACGAAGGUCGUGUGUGUUACUUUACGAAUAUCCAGAGCCACUAGAUAAUGAUUAUAGACGCGCGACAAUUGACGAUUAUUGCACACACCGCUCUAUACAUAUAACAAUACACACACCAACGUCACAUGACAGUCAGAUGGACAAUAAUUAUUCGCGAUCUUGUAUUCUAUUCACUUUGUAUUCUACGGAAUUAAAGAAAAGAAACAUCUCGUACCCAAACAUUGCUCUUUCUUUUAUCGUCGUUUCUUUUUUUUUUCUUUUCUUAUUCAUACUUUUUUGCUUUCUUUUUCUUUUUAAUGCAGUUACAAUUUGGAUAAAGUAUCAUGGAGACGCGUUAAACAAUAUGAACGAACAUAGAGCGAACACACCGUGGGCCCGAUAAAACACGCAUCUGCAUCCAUUGUGAAUAAACAAACGGUCGCACGCGCGCUCGUAUUUAAACUGGAGUGUGAAUUGAAGGCAUUUUUAGUCUCGGACAUGUAAAGUCUGCAAUGUGUGCAUUCCAUUGUCGGGGUAAUCAUUUGAAAACCUGUACGUAUAGCAUAAUAUAAAGGAUAACGUGUAUAACAUACAUACGGUAGAUAAUCUUCCUGUACUUUCGCUAUUAUAGUACGUAGAAGAGUAAUAUGCUCGUUCAUAUCGAUUUAUCGAGACGACAGAUGCACGAACGGACGCGAAAGAAGAGAAAGACAUGGAUACAUUUUUGUUCUUAGCAUUAGAAAGAAAAUCUUUUGCGGUUCAUAUAUGUACAUACGCGUACACCAGCUUUUUCUUUGCUUUCUUGCUUUUUUGCUUUUUUGCUUUCUUACUUUUCAUUAAAUGUAUUUCACUUAAGGAAGAGUGUACGAGUUAACGAAAUAUUUUCAAGUUUCUCUUCUUUCCUGAUCAUGUGUUCGAGAAUGAUAAACAACAACUGCGCGACACAUCCUCGAAAAAGAACAAAAAAAAGAAAAAAGUAAAAAAAGAAAAACAGCGCGAGUAGCGCUCACAAGAGUGAAACGCGCGCGUCUUCUUGGUGCAUGUUACGAAUAGUUUGCUCAGUAGGUUUCUAAGAAUGUAGUAGAGUGUAAGUCCGAAAAUGUCGCAAAUAAAUAUAUCCAAGAAAGGAAAGAACCACCCGCGUUCGUGUCGAGAGCAAAAAGGGGCGACAACUACGACGGUCAUUUUUUGUAAAUGUCUCUUAAGUAUCUUUGUAGAGAGUUAGUGUGUAAGGAAGAUAAGGAAAAAAAAACAGUUAGUUUAACAGAAAAUUGAAAAAAAAGGGAAAAAUUACAGAAAAAAUUGUACCUGCGUCGUAAGUGAUUAAGAAAAAGUAUACCGAGUGAAAGAGGGAGCGUGAAAAGGAGGAGAAGUACAGAGAUCAGAGAUUGAGAGCGAUUCCCGUGCACGCGGCCGCGCGUUCACAGGAACAUUUUCUCGAAGAACCUAGAUUACACGAAAUCACAUCCAUUAAUUAUUGUUACGUAUUUUUGUAGAGUUUUAUCGAUGAAAUGUGGUUUUAUCAUCUGCCCACCUACAGUCGCGAUCACCCCCCCAUCCUUCCCCCC